GUCGAUUUUACACUCACGCACCGGCAGCGCGCCCUCCGUGGCUCACGCGUCAGGGUGCUGCUUGCCUGCUUCCAUGCUCGGUGCCUGUCGCCACGCUCCGCCUGCCGCAUCAACAGAAGAGAGGCUGCCCUCCGCCACGCUCCGAGAGAAAGGCAUCGGAUUUAAAAACUGCCGGAGCCGGAGGUCGUUCUGGUCGGGAAAAGGAACCCUGUCGCCUCUAGCUACGGGGGCUUGUAAAUUAGCAAGCCCAUUGCAGCCCCUUCAAAGUGGAAACACUACACCCAAUUGAUUGGCAAUCAAUAGACCAGAGAGCUCGCUUGAUCUAGCAAGCGUGUAGUAUGGAGGUUGUGACUGGGGCGAUGAGCACCCUCCUGCCCAUGCUCAGCAACCUGCUCAAGGAGGAGUACAAUCUACAGAAGAACACCAGGGGGGAGAUCAAGUUCCUCAAAGCGGAGCUUGAGAGCAUGGAGGCUGCCCUCAUCAAGAUUUCGGGGGCGCCGCUGGACCAGCCACCUGACAUCCAGGUCAAGCUCUGGGCAAGGGAUGUCCGGGACCUGUCCUAUGAGAUUGAGGACAGCGUCGACAGAUUCCGGGUGCGCCUUGAGUGUCGGCAACAAAAGAUGCCACACAGCUUUAUGGACUUCAUCCAUAGAAGCAUGGACAUGAUGACAAAGGGCAAGAUCCGACACAAAAUAGGCAUGGACAUCAAAGACAUCAAGAGCCGCAUCAAGGAGGUCAGUGAGAGGCGUGAAAGGUACAAGAUUGACAGCGUUGUUGUACCCAAGCCCACCGGCACAAGUACUGAUAUGCUUCGCCAAUUAGCCUUGUUCAAAAAGGCGACAGAGCUUAUUGGCACUGAAGAGAAGAGCCUUGACAUAGUCAAGAUGCUAUUGGAGGGAGACGAGGUUUUCAAGAAACAGCCCAAGAUGAUCUCUAUUGUUGGCUUUGGAGGCUUAGGGAAGACAACUCUUGCUAACGUGGUAUAUGAGAAGCUUCGUGGGGACUUUGAUUGUGGAGCUUUUGUUUCUGUGUCUCUUAAUCCUGACAUGAAGAAGCUUCUCAAGAGUUUGCUCCAUCAACUUGACAAGAGCAACUACAAGAACAUCAUGGACGAGUCAGCGUGGAGCGAAACACAACUCAUAAGUGAGAUAAGAGAUUUCCUUCGAGACAAGAGGUACUUCAUUUUGAUUGAUGACAUAUGGGAUAAAUCUGUGUGGAAUAAUAUUAGAUGUGCGCUGAUUGAGAAUGAAUGUGGUAGUAGAGUAAUCGCAACAACUCGCAUUCUAGAUGUUGCCAAAGAAGUUGGUGGUGUUUAUCAGCUGAAACCUCUUUCUACUAGUGACUCAAGAAAGUUAUUCCACCAAAGAAUAUUUGGAACUGAGGACAAGUGCCCUCAUAUUCAGUUGGCUGAAGUAAGUGAGAAAAUUUUGCAGAAAUGUGGUGGAGUACCAUUGGCUAUCAUUACACUGGCAAGUAUGUUGGCUAGUAAAAAGGAACAUGAAAAUACAUAUACAUAUUGGUUCAAGGUGUACCAAUCUAUGGGUUCUGGGCUUGGAAAUAAUCCUGACCUGAUGGACAUGAGGAGGAUACUAUAUGUCAGUUACUAUGACCUGCCUCCAAAUCUGAAGACUUGUUUACUGUAUCUAAGUUUGUAUCCAGAGGAUUAUAAGAUUUAUACCAAACAGUUGAUAUGGAAAUGGAUAGGCGAAGGAUUCAUUCAUGAAGAGCAGGGGAAGAGCUUGUAUGAAGUAGGAGAGGAUUACAUUGCUGAGCUCAUUAACAAAAGUUUGGUCCAACCAAUGGAUAUCAAUAUUGCUAAUAAGGCGAGCUCUGUCCGUGUACACGACAUGGUGCUUGACCUUAUCACUUCCUUGUCAAAUGAGGAGAACUUUCUCACAACAUUGGGUGGUCAGCAGUCCAGGUCGCUACCAAGUAUGAUCCGCCGGCUAUCUCUCCAUACCACUAAUGAGAAGGAUGCCAAGCAAAUGCCAGCCAUCAGCAACUUGUCCCAUGUGAGGUCACUUACUGUGUUCAAUAAAAACCUCAGUUUGCUAUCGGCACUUUCAGGUUUUCUUGUCCUGCGUGCAUUGGAUUUAAGUGGUUGUGAGGAAGUGGGUAAUCAUCAUGUGAAGGAUAUUUGCAAUUUAUUUCACCUGAGGUAUCUGAGUCUAAAAGGGACAUCUAUCACUGAGAUCCCGAAAGAUAUCUGCAACCUACAGCUUCUACAAGUGCUAGAUAUGAGGCACACCAAAAUGGCAAAAUUGCCAUCAACCUUUGUGCAACUAAGACAACUGGUGUUCAUUGAUAUGGGUAAUAAGAUGGUCUCUACGUUGCUUCUAAAAGCAAUGUCCACCUUGCCCUCCCUCUCUUCCCUUGCAAUCACAUUAGUAGGACCAAGAAAGAAAGACCUCCAAAUACUUGGGAGCAUGCCAUCUCUGCGUGAUCUGUCUCUAUUUGUACUGUAUCGGGGAACAGUCACAGAUAAAAGGCUAGUCAUUGGCACUGGUUGUCCCUUCCAGUCUCUGACAAGGCUCACUAUAAAGAUUUUAGGUGCCAUUGGUUUCAUGUUUGCACAAGGAACCUUGCAAAAGCUCCAAAUCCUGAAGUUAGAAUUUAAUGAUAAGAAAACAAAAGACAAAUUUGGUGAUUUUCAAUUUGGGCUGGAGAACCUCUCUUCACUGGAGCAUGUCUAUGUGGUGCCUUGUUUUAGUGAUGGCGGGCUGAAGCAUGCACUUGAGAAAGAGCUUGAUAUUAAUCCCAACAAGCCCACACUGACGGUGAAGAGGGAGAUAGCGAGCAUGCUUUACACCAUCAAUGCACAUAUUUUCUGGAGAGAUCAUGAUCCUGAAAAGCUGUCCAUAGAAGAGGAAUAACCAGAGCUGAGGUGCUGCCCAGGAAACGAUGCUGCCGUCAGUUUGGCUCUCUUUUUCUGAAGAUCUUCCCAUGAGGAUCAGCUGGUUUCAUCCGGCAGUUCAGUUCUGCUUCUGACUGCAUGAGGCGUGUGUUCACGCUCUCCUUUGUCCAGUUACUAGCUGCUCGUCUUCAACAGAAAGACCCUACAAAAGCGUUGCCUUUUUAAAUAAGAAAAGAAACCUUGUAAUAGUGUGCCUUUUAUUCCUGAAGGAAGGCAAAGCCAGUCCAGCAACAGUUUUUUUUUUUUUUCAAGUUUCAACCAUCCACAGCUGUUCAUCAGCACACCCUGAUGGAUGGAGUGUCAUUGACCAGAAAUGGCAACGUUAAAUGAGUUUGCUGGAGACUCUGAAACCUUGUAACAUGAUUGGGUUCUCAAGCUUAUUUUGGUUGAUUUAUAUAAAC